CUGAUCGGUCGAAUUACAUUUGUUCAACUUUAAUCUUUUCAUUAAUGGACUCUUGACGGAAGAUAUUAAUAUUGAAACGAAACAGGUUUAAAAAUUAAAGAGACACGAUGGCUAAUAAAACAAAGUUGUGUAAUAAAACGCAGCCUCGUAUUCAAGUAUUUCGACCAACAUAUGAGGAAUUUAAAAAUUUCACCAGCUAUAUUGAGUAUAUGGAAAGUAAAGGAGCUCAUAAAGCUGGAUUGGCCAAAGUUAUUCCGCCACCUGAAUGGAUUCCAAGAAAAAGUGGUUACGAUUUGGAUACAUUAGAACUUAGUAUUCCUGCGCCUAUAUGUCAAGUUGUUACCGGAAAGCAAGGUCUUUACCAACAAAUUAAUAUUCAAAAGAAAUCAAUGACGGUUAAAGAAUAUAGCAAAUUGGCAAAUUCUGACCGGUAUAUUACACCACGACAUUUUGACUACGAGGAUUUGGAGAGAAAAUAUUGGAAAAAUAUAACAUAUGUGGCUCCCAUAUAUGGAGCAGAUGUAUCCGGUUCAUUAACUGAUCCUGACGUUAAAGAAUGGAAUAUCAAUCAUUUGGGUACGAUAUUGGAUUACGUUAAUAAAGAUUAUGGUAUAUCGAUAGACGGUGUUAAUACCGCAUAUCUAUAUUUUGGUAUGUGGAAAACCACAUUCGCAUGGCAUACAGAAGACAUGGAUCUUUAUUCGAUUAAUUAUUUGCAUUUUGGUGCACCAAAAACUUGGUACGCUAUACCACCAGAGCAUGGUCGCAGAUUAGAGAGAUUAGCAAGCGGUUUCUUCCCAUCCAGUUAUCAAAGUUGUCAAGCCUUUUUACGUCAUAAAAUGUCAUUAAUAUCACCCCAAAUUUUAAAACAGUAUUCUAUUCCGUGCAAUAAGAUAACACAAGAAGCAGGAGAGAUAAUGAUAACGUUCCCUUAUGGAUAUCAUGCAGGUUUUAAUCAUGGUUUUAAUUGUGCUGAAUCCACCAAUUUCGCAGCACCCAGAUGGGUAGAAUAUGGCAAACGAGCGACCCAAUGCACAUGCAGCAAAGACAUGGUCAAAAUAUCAAUGGAUACAUUUGUCAAACGGUUUCAACCAGAAAGGUAUGAACUGUGGUUACGCGGUGAGGAUAUUGGUCCUCAUCCGGAGGAUCCUAGGCAAACAGCAGCACCCAUGCCUUCUCAAAUGGAUUUGUUAUGUAGUAACAGUAGUAAUGGACAAUUACCGCAAAGUUAUUUGAAUGCUGCUCCUAAAAAUAAAAGGCAUACCAUUCAUAAAAAGAAAAAUAUCAUUGGAACCAAUACGGAUGUCGAUAUGGCAGAGUUAGUUAAUCGUUCGGAUAUUCCAGCUGAUUUAAAGAAAGUCUUGCAAGAUCUAGAAUAUGAGGAAGGCGAUGAUCAACCUGAUGAACAACAAUUAGAAGUAUUGGAAGAUAUUUGGCUUAAGGCAGGUGAAAUGGAUGUCGAUGAAGCAACUGUCUAUGACGAUGGAUAUAAUCGUAAAAAAGGUAGAAAGAGAAAGAGGAAGCAAAAUAGUACAGAGAAAAAGGAACAUCACAAAUCAAAGAAAAGUUCAGUUAAAAUGGUAAGUCCUAAACGGCCAGACGAUCAGACUGUAUCUAUCAAAUUGGAACCAGAAGAAAUGUCUACAAUUGAUCAAGAAUCAAUCGAUCAACAGAAUUCGUUAAAUCAAAAUGAUCAUUUGCUUUUAACCAAUGAAAAUGUUUCAUCCGAAAGUAAUAGUAAUACGUUGAUCUCUCAAUUGGCAAUGGAAGAAUCUAAUUUUGUGGAAACUACAGAUAAGUCGCCUUCUAAGAGAAAGAAAAAACAUUCCAAGACUACAGAGCAUAAGAUAAAACAAAAAAAUAUUUCUAAAGGAAAGCAUAAGCAUACAAAUAUACCUUUGUUUAUUCCUAACGAACCAUUAGAUGUUUCUGAUGCCGAUGUUCAACGUAAAUUAAUAGCAAUGCCAAGUCUUAGCCUUCAGAAAACAUAUACCAUGAAAGAUAUAUCUAAUAAUCAAAGAAAAAUCAAUCUUCUACCAGGUAAUAUUAUUUCCGUUGGAAAUGAAUUUAGUAUGACUACUAUGAAGGAUAAAACUGUAGUAAAUAUUACAAACAGUGGACAGAUAAUGCAUCCUUCUUACGAAGAUGACAAACAACAGGUAGAAGGAAUUAUAACUGUUGGCGUGCCAGAUAAACAACAACAUUCUUUCUUGAAGAGUCCCAAAAAACCAAAUAAAAAGCAUGUUUACAAAUCUACAUUCCCUAAUGUAAAUUUAUUGAAAAACAAUACUUUAGGAAAUAAGAAAAUUGACGACAAAUCAUUAAACGAGGAUUCGAAAAUUUAUACUCAAAAUACCAAGACAGUUGGUAAUACAUCUUAUAAAAGUAUUGGAAUGGUACAAACUGAAAGAUGUAUUACAAGUUAUACCAGGAAAGAUAUCAUAAAGGCACCUAAGUUAAUGCAUUUAGACUUAUCAAAUACCAAAGUGAUAUCAAAAGUAGAACUUGACGAUGCAGUUGAUGCAGAUAAAGGGCUUCGCGUUGCUCCUAAUUUGAUGAUGUUAUCCAAGAAUGAUGCGCAAGAUACUAAGCGCAUUAUGUUCUUGCCAAAUACGUCCACUAACAUUGACCCGCCAAUAUUGGAAAGCGAAGUUACAACAGAUAGGGAAGCUGUAAUAGAGAAGAAAAAUGAAAUGAAUGUUUUAAAUCCCUCGACUGCGUUUACCAUUCAAACGAAAAAUAAUGCUGUUAUGUGUAAUUAUUUUCCAAAGAGUGCAAUUUUACCUCAAUCACUUUGCCAGAGUAAUCUAACCGGGAAAAAGAGUAUCGAAUUAAAAUCAAUUAAUAAUACUAAUAAUAAAGAAAUGACGAAAAGUUUAUGGCAAAUUCCGUAUAAUAACGGUGUUUUCUUAUCAAAUCACGAUUACAAUAAACCAGUGCAAUUAUCUUUAGCAAAUGCUAAAAGGGGAGGUUUAUUAAAUACUUGUACUAAUAUUCAAAUAGGUCCUGCAACUACUGCAACCCUUACGACAUUAAAAAAAUUAGACUCAAAUAAAGUAUUAUUAACUGCACCUCCGAAUCUUCCGCAAUGUUCGAAAAUUACUUUGACUUCUUCUCCGAUUCAAUUAAACACGAUGGAUGGAAAUAAAUCAACAUUAAAAGAUAAUGAUAAUAUAUCAAAUAGUAUGGCAUCUUUGACGAGAAUAAUGCCGGGAUCGGAACAAGUGGUUUCGAAAAGUUCUUUAAUUAUUCGAAAACUUGGAAGCGAACAAGGAAUGUGUAGAAGUCUAAUGAAACAUACAAAUACAAAAUCAUUGCUUAAUCGUACAGUAAAUAAUAUCGAUGAAACGGCUAAUUUAGAAGUAAGACAAGGUAAUAAUGUAAGUACAUUGAUUAAUAAAACGAAUAAGGUUGAAGUUAAUAAUAUGCCAUAUAGUAUAAAUUAUCAUUCGGACAAUGUACAAAAUCAUCAUCAGAGAGAUCUUACCUUAAAUAUGAUAAAACAAGAAGACAACAAAUACGUUAAUGCAUCAAAAUCUCAAUGGCAAGGCUUAGACAAAAAUCCUAACAAUAAUAGACAUUUGACAAUGCCAGAAUUGAAGCCAAUUAUUAAAUCGCCAGUAGUUAGAAGGAAAUCCAAAGAGAAGCUUAGAAAAUCAACUACUAGGAAAAAACAAUUACCUGAAUCGACUGUUAUAUCGUUGGGCAUGGAAGAAAAAAGUUCUUCAAGUUCGCAUCCUGCUUUAAUGAUACCUGGUCACAUUACCAAUAUGUUAAAUCCAAAUAUUCCAAGCAGUGACAUGAUGAAAGCUUUCAAUAAUUAUUGGAGCGCUCAAAUUUCCCAUUGUGCAAUUUGUGCAACUUUUGCUUCCACUCGUUAUGGAAAUAGUCAAGUAAUGCCACCUGAUUGGAAGUAUUGUAAACCUACUAUUCUACCUGAAAAUUCACCAAUAUGGGUAUCGGCAACUAUUUUUGCUGUAAAUUCAAAAGAACAAGCUAUAGAAUCGGAGAAUUCUAAAUUAUUAAGAUGUCGCGAAUGUCACGUAACAGUUCAUGCUUCCUGUUAUGGAAUUACCAUUUUACCCACUGAUCCAUCCAAUUGGGCAUGCGAUAAAUGUAAGGCUGGUAAAUCUGACGUGAUGUGCUGUUUAUGCCCGAUGCGAGGGGGUGCUGUUAAACGUACGAGCGAUGGUGGUUGGGCACACAUUUUGUGCGCUCUUUUAUUACCAGGAGUAACUUUUAAGGAUGCUAUUAAUAAAGAUCCUAUUAAUGUAUUAACAAUUCGAAAGAAUGUAUUAAAACAACAAUGUUGUUAUUGCGGAUACGAUAGUGGUGCCUGCCUUAGUUGCAAUCAAUGCAAUAAUCAAUUUCAUGCUUCGUGUGGACUUGUCGCAGGUGCUACUUUUGCAAUACCGUUAUACAAUAGUCAAGAAUUACAGGUAACGUGUCAUGGUCAUGACGAUGGUAAAGAAAAAAUUCCUGUUAUUCGUCAAGGCGAAACAGUAUGGGCUAAACAUAGGAAUUCAAGAUAUUAUAAAGCUAAAGUUGAAUCUAUAAAAGAUACUCUUUUCUAUAUGGUCACCUUCAGUGAUAACAGUUUUAGCGAUGAUCUAUAUCCUUCUGAUAUUAUUAAUUACGAUCCCGGAAAACCACCUCAAAUUGGUGCAGCUGUUACGGUUAAUUGGACUGACGGUGAAGUCUAUGAUGGUACUUUUCAGGGCACUAAUCAUCAAAUUAUGUACACCGUAAUUUUCGAAGAUGGUUCUCAACUUGCCUUAAAACGUAACGAUAUUUAUAGUUUACAAGAAGAUAUGCCAAAAAGGGUGCGCUCGCGUUUGUCCGUUGCCACAGAAAUGAAGCACAGGUAUCACCU